CAAAGGAGUUGUUCUCAACCAUGGUAUUGCUACAAAGCUUUUUAGCGUGUCCUACAGGUUUGACUGACGAUUCCACGUAUCAGAUCUAUCCCUUCAAGUGGAAUUUGGAGAGCCAGUAUGGAUGCGAGUAGACCAAACAGCACAUUACCGCGCCGAUACGGAUGAGGGCGGAGAAGAGUUUGCGAAACUCAUUCCGCGCGGAGGACACACUAUUCAAAUCAAAGAUGCGGAGACGGGUGAAAGUCGCAUUUACACAGUGACAUUCUUUCACCAGCUCAAGUGCCUGGGAAUCAUCCGUGACAACUACGCGGCAAUGCGCGCCCCAUCAUUGAUCACUCGUCACUGCAUGAAUUAUCUUCGCCAAUCGAUUUUGUGUUACCCUAACAUGAAAAUCGAGCCGGCUAUAAACAAUCUGGGGUCCGCCGUCAGGGGAUACGAGACCGUCUGUCGUGACUGGACAAAAGUUUAUGAGGAGGUGGACAAGCUACAUGGAAUGACUUCGGAUGUUUAGGAUGUUUAAACGGGUACCUGCACAGACUGCACUUCUUGUUACCC